GUGGCUUUGGGUGGAGUCUGCCUCGUGUAAAGACUUUCGUGCUCCAUAAAAGUUUUUGCUUGAUUAUUAUUUUUUAAUAGUUGAUAGAGCCCUGGGAUAAGUAUGAGUGGACGAUAUGAUAGCGCCCUGACUGUAUUCUCUCCCGAUGGUCAUUUAUUUCAAGUGGAAUACGCCCAAGAAGCAGUCAAGAAAGGCUCCACAGCUGUUGCAGUUCGUGGUGUUGACACAGUUGUCCUUGCUGUAGAAAAGAGAGCUUUAGCAAAAUUACAAGAUGCUCGAACUGUUAGAAAAAUUUGUUCAAUUGAUGACCACGUCUGCCUAGCCUUUGCUGGUUUAACUGCUGAUGCCCGUGUGUUGGUCAAUAUAGCUCGUGUUGAGUGCCAGAGCCACAAACUAACUGUGGAGGAUCCUGUCACUGUGGAAUACAUCACACGACACAUUGCAACAGUCUGUCAGCGUUACACACAAAGCAGUGGUGCAAGACCAUUUGGUAUCUCCCUCCUGAUGGUUGGUUUUGACGAGGGUAAGACCCCUAAACUAUACCAGACCGAACCUGCUGGUACCUAUCAUGAAUGGAAGGCAGCUGCUACUGGUCGGAGUGCAAAGACUGUGAGAGAGUAUUUGGAAAAGAAUUAUUCAGAGGAAACUGUAGCUACUAAAGAUGAUACAAUCAUUUUAGCUCUAAGAGCACUGCUGGAGGUGGUACAGUCUGGUGGUAAAAGUGUAGAACUAGCAUACAUGGAGAAGGGGAAACCAUUAGAGUUUCUUGAACCAGAUGCUAUUGAGUCUUACAUGAGCAGGAUUGAAAAGAUAAAAGAGGAGGAGCUUGAGAGAAAGAAGACAAGACGUGAGAUGCCAGCUGCAGCUCCGACCUCAUCACGUCCGGAAUUUGCCUCAGUAUCGGACUAGGCCAGUUAGACAUUACAUUUUAAUAACUUAUCAAUGAUAAUAAUAACUAGUUGUUAGGCUAUCGUGUAUUAUUAGAGAUACUUUUAAUAUCCCUGUAUUACUGUGCGAGGUGAUCAUGUUGAAAGUAUGAAAAUUAUGAUAAAGGAAUUCAAAUUGCU